GCCUCACGGACAGGGCGGAGCGGGGGCCGUGUCGUAGCAGCCCCGCCGGGCCGGGAGGCGAUCGCCAUGGAAACCCCGGCCCCGCCCCUGCCCCCCCGGGUGCCGCCGGGAGCGCGGCCGGAGCUGCCGGGUCCCUCCUCCGCGGGCAGCGCCAGGUAGAGCGCGGGGCGGGGGCCGCUCGGGCCGGGCGGGAGGAGCCGCGAGGGGCGGCGGGCGGAGCGCAGGCCGGGCUCGUUCCGCUGCCCCGCCGCAGCCCGGCCCGGAUCCCACCCGGCGCCGGUGCCCCCAGCCAUCCGCUCUCGGACCCCGGCAGCGCCCCUCGGGAGCGAAGCGGGGCCGGGCUCUCCUCAGCCCGCCAGGGCGGGGCUUGUUCGUCGUCCCCGAUCCUGGCGGAGAGGCCCUUACGUGUUGCCAUGGCCGAGGGGGCCGCGGCGGCCCCGGCGUGCUUCAGCGAGGAUGAUUUUUACUGCCCGGUGUGCCAGGAGGUGUUCAAAACGCCCGUGAGGACCGCCAACUGCCAGCACGUGUUUUGCAGGAAGUGCUUCUUGACGGCUAUAAGAGAAAGUGGAACACAUUGUCCUCUCUGCCGGGGGAGCGUGACUAAAAAAGAAAGAACGUAUCCCAAAAGGGCUCUAGAUGUUGAAAACAGUAUGAAGAAAGCUUCUGGGGGCUGUAGAUGCUGUGAGAAGCAGGUUAGAUUUUCAUGGAUGAGACAGCAUUAUAAAACAUGUAAGAAGUAUCAGGAUGAAUAUGGUGUUUCUUCAAUUAUGCCAAACUUGCAGAUUUCUCAAGAUGCAACAGGGAACAGGUAAUCAGGGUGUUCUAUGUGUAACAGUGCAUCUUCUUUCCCCACUCCCUCCCCCCAUGGAAAGUUUUUUUUUUUUUUCCAGGGCAUUUCUUCUUUUUGCAUUAAUUAUUAUCCAUAUUUUGUGCCUCAAAAUAGGAGUUUUUCCAGGUCUUUUUCUCUACUCUUAGCAGACAGAAGAAAACCUUUCUGUAUGAUGGCUUUGAAAUGUCUUCUAGAGACUCUCCUAAAAAGUAUUUAAUAUUUAUAUUUUGCUUUCCUUGCCUUGGCAGCAUUUGAGCAGUUUACUUUGUAACAUACUUCAUAAUAUUUACCUCUGGAGAACUUCCUGUCUAUUUUUAUUCCCCCUCCCCUUUCCUAAGUUUGUUUUAGUGGGUAUCCUGUUUCAAAACAUUACUGUGCAAGCUUUUGCUUUCUGAUUGAAUUUAUUUUGAACAGAUUUCUUAUGAAAUAUAUAAGGAAUUCCAGUAUGUUACACACCAUAAUAUCAAAUUACACUUGCCAUUUGUUUUCAGGCAGUAAAGCUAACCUUUUUUUCAUAUAUUCUCACUGAUGGCAGGGGUUGGGAAUUUUUGGUUAUUUUUGAAAAGCUUUUUUAUAUGUCCAUUUUACAGAGCUUUAUUAUAUAUAGCCCUUUUUUUGCCAUUGAUUUUCUAUUUUUAGCAGUCUGAAUUUUUCUGUGUUUGGUUUUCAACCCAUCGGUCUAUUGCAAGUUGAAGCUGUUACUGGAAUUAGCUGCAGCCGUGUUUCACUGAAAUGUCUGCAUAUUCUGAUAUCACUAUUUAUGCAGUUUGCUACAGUAGAAUACCUGUGAUUAUAAUAUCACAGAAGUAUAAAAAAAUUUACCAUUGCUGUAUUUGCGCUUGUAAAUAUUCAUGUUCUUAGCAUGUCUUUACAGUUUCUUCUGGCUUAGCUAGAGGUGCAUAUACAGUCAAAUUUACUUUCUAAAAUGUUCUUCUGCUUUACUCUUCGUUUAGGAAAAAAGUUUAUUUUGUGCUUAGCAUAAGAAAACUUACCUUGUUGUAGCUAAAAAUUGCAAAUAAUUUGUGUGAAUACAUGGCAGUUAAAGGCCUUUUACACCUUCCUAAGUCAAAAAACUUAGAAAGUGCUACCUCUUUACAUUCAUAUAGUUCAUAAUACUUGUCUGUCACCUGCAUUGCCAAUCUUGUUGACUAAAUGUUUGUUGUAUUAUAUACCAUUUUCCUGUAAAGUUGUGUAGUAUGGCACCAAGCAUAACCAUGACAAUUAAGUUAUCCAGAGAGGUCCCAGUUGAUUGGAAACUAGCAAAUGUAAUGCCCAU